AGCAACUGCAGCGGAGCAGGAAGUGGUGGCUUCCCGUGUAGAAAUAGGGGCGUAGCUCUCAGGGCAGAGGAAAGAGAAAAGAGACAGACCAGGCAAGGAGGAAGGAAGAAAGAAAACAACCCAAGUGGGUCGGGGAACUCAAGAAAAACAAGAAGGGCAGCAGAAUCGAGGGGAACGAAGCCAGGGAGGAAGAUGGGAACGUGGCACUGCCAUCAACAGUGGGAAUAAACCUGAGGGGGACCAAUAAAAAAAACAAAAACAAGCUAAAACAAGUUGUGGGGAGUGGCCAGAUGGAAAAAGAAGAGAAGGUUUCUGCCCCUUUCUCAGCAGGACUCCUCCAGACCGGUGGUUUCUUGCAGAGGAGGGGGAAAAACAAUCCCUUUUGUACAUUCAGCCCCAACAGUCUUCGGCCAGCAGGUUGGGAGCAACCAAAGAAUAAUGGAGCAUGAAAUGGAUGUGGCGGUAGAAGAAGAGAUGCUACUGGACAGCGAUCCUGAUACAAGAGCCAGAGGAGAACAGGCCUCUUCUCAAGACAACCUCAGCUUUCUGCCAAACCCAGGUUCGCUCUUGCGCCCGAGGCAGAGAACACGGCAGCCUGAUCCUGCACGGCCCUGGAAGUCUCUGCCAGCCACCCCUACAGGGGAGAUGGAGAAAGACCAAACGGUGUUCUUCUCUUCCUUGUCAUCGCUCCAGGCGGAGGAGUUUUUCGACAUGGUGGCCAAAGUCCAAGCUCGAAGGCUUAAUGAUCAGCGUGCUGAUUUUGCAGGGGCUGAAGAAAUGUGUGCGGGCAGCACAAGGGUAGCUGAAGAGCAGCUCUAUGAUACUAUCUUGACCCAUCAGAGCCAGCGUCUCGAAGACCAGCGCACUGAGCCCCCCAUCCCAUUAGGAAUUCAGGGCCUACUAGAUCUGCUGCUCAAAGCCCAAGGGACCCGGAUGGAAGAUCAACGCUCGGUUCUCCCUCCUAGUCUGGCUGCACCAUCCAUGCUGAGAGGGCACUCCUCCUUCCCGAUGCAGUGUAUGAGUCCACCGCCAGACCCUUCCCUUCAACAGUUGUGGUUCUAGUGACUUGAGACACAGAAAGGUGGAAUCUUUGCCAGGGCUUGGACUGAGAAAUCAAACUGGGCCACUUCAAAAAAAAAGUUUCAUACUGUGAAGGUAUUGUGUGUUGCAGCAAAAAAAUGGGCAAAACUAGGGCUUUACUUGGAUUCCUGCAUUGAGCAGGUGGUUAGACUUGAUGGCCUUAUAGGCCCCUUCCAACUCUACUAUUCUAUGAUUCUAAGGCUGGCUGUCUUCAAAUACAGCACUGUGAAUUGCUAAUCGCUAAGAUUUCUGUCCUCAACAGUAAGCGGUGGUGGCAGUAGUAGCAUGAAAUAUUUAUUAGGAGCCACAGAAAGUAGUACGUUUUUGAGUUUCACAGAACUCUUCUUUAGGUUGGAUGUUAAGCCAAAGGUAGGGGGUGGGAGAGAGAGAGAGAGAGAAUACUGGUAGUAAAGGAAUGGUGCAAUUUAGGUGUGUCUGGUGCUAAUGAUUCCUGCAUCAAAGCAAGUUGUACUAGUGGAUAACCUGAUAUUCUAAAUCAGGAAUGGGGUACGCUGCCUUUCAACAUGGAGGUUCUAAUGAGCUGUUAGAACUACUGUUUGCUGCUCUAUUAAACCACCACAAAUUCAAGGAUCUGGCAUUGGAGCCUCCCAACAAUCCUUUAUGGCAGGGGAACCUGUGGCCCUCCAGAUGUUGCCAGACUUCAGCCCCCAUUAGCCCUAGGCAACAUGGCCAAUGGUCAAGGACAGUGGGAGUUGUAAUCCAGCAACAUCUGGAGGCCACAGGUUUCCCCUCCCUGUUCUAAAAUCAGGGUUAGUAUGUAUUGGGGGGGAGGAAUGAAAUGAAAUGUAGAUUUAGCUUAUUGAAAUUUGCUUAUAAAAAAGCAGUUCUUA